UGCGGUGCGCGAGCUGCUGAGGAUAGAGGAGCGUGCCCAGCCCAGCUGCUGCUCUGCCCGUCUGAUCAGCUCACCUAUGCAUACCAAGUAGUUUCCAAAUCGGGGGAUCUCCCCGUGUUUUAGGUAAGUUUUAGCAUGAGCAUGGAAGAUUAUGACUACCUGUUCAAAAUAGUUCUGAUUGGAAAUGCUGGAGUGGGAAAGACAUGUCUUGUCCGGCGCUUUACUCAGGGCCUUUUCCCGCCUGGACAAGGGGCUACUAUUGGAGUUGAUUUCAUGAUUAAAACUGUGGAGAUCAAAGGGGAAAAGGUCAAGCUACAAAUAUGGGACACGGCUGGACAAGAGAGGUUUCGCUCCAUUACUCAGAGUUAUUACCGUAGUGCCAAUGCCCUCAUCCUUACUUACGACAUUACCUGUGAGGACUCCUUCAGGUGCCUUCCAGAGUGGCUGAGGGAGAUUGAGCAGUACGCUAACAACCAAGUGGUGACUAUAUUAGUCGGAAAUAAAAUCGAUCUGGCGGAGAAGAGGGAGGUUCUCAGACAGAGGGCUGAGGACUUUGCCGAGGCUCAGAGCAUGCUGUAUCUGGAGACCUCGGCCAAAGAGUCCGACAACGUGGAGAAACUCUUCCUUGACCUGGCCUGCGAGCUCAUUCGCGAGGCCAAGCAGAACACGCUGGACAACAAUGACACUGCCCCGAUGCCCGGUGAGGGUAAAACCAUCAGUUACUUGAGCUGCUGCAGCCUCAAUUAGAGAGAGCUCAGCAUUAUGGCCAUGGUAACUAAGUAGCCAUUGACUGUGGAGGGCAGAUGGCAGAGCCCCAAUGCCUCCGUCCUCCUGAACUGGCAUAAGGCCUCUUCUUAGUCCCAUCACUUUUAGUCCCAUGCCUUUUUAACCUUCAGCUGUACAACAAGGGAGUUAGUCAACCUUUGUUUGGCCUUUCAGGAACAAGUAUGUUAAGAGGAAACUGUUUAAGAUGCUGCCAUUAUGGAGAAGAAUAUUGUCCUCAGUGCAACAGGAUGCCAAGUACAUCUGGCUAUUUUUUUCUUGCCCGAUGAACCCAGGAACUCUAAUAUGUUGUAAGAAGCUCAAUGAAUUUGUAGGGCUCUGUUUUGUUCUGUUCAUAGCGAAAUGGCAGCAUCUCCUCGUCGUUUGCUUUGUAGGAUUCAUUUCCAUGAAAUUUCAACAUUCACCAGCAGUGUUAUGUGAGUUUAAAGCUCUACCAGCUAUUUUGUUACAGACUCAACAUAGCUAACAACAUGUUACAUCAAUAUCAAUAUCAGCGAACGGUAUCAGCUAAUGGUAAUCAUAUGUUUACAUAAGGUAUGUUUUAGUGAUUACCAAGUCUGAUGAAGUUGCAAAAAGGAUUUGCGAACUUAACCCAAAAUCCAUUGCACAAUCAUUGUAAUGCCCACCCCAGUCUUCUCUGCUCUGAGACUUACAUACAGUUUUAACAUACUGUUUUAACCUCCAUAACAAUCAGAUUUUUCUUGAGUGGGUAUUUGCACCUGUCUGCGUCUCUACAAACUGUGAAACAUUUCUUUCCAAUAGACAAAUUUUACUUGCUGCUAAAAUACAUGUUUUCAUGUCAUAUAGGCUAACAUAAAGUGAAACACACAUAAAAGUACUACAUUGAAACAGUAUUCUGUGACAUUAACAACUUAAGCCUUUUUUUGAGGAUACUUUUAGUACUUGUGAUAAGUCGGUUGAAACAGUAUGAAAAGGCCUGUUGAACUGUCGGCUUGUUAGUACAGAUAACACACAGUUCAAUGAAGUGACAUCUUUAUUCAGCUGUCAUCUGUUCAUUUUACCCAUAGAUGUGUAUACUCCGGCCUUUUGUUGUUGCUGCCUAGCCAUGAAAUUACCACUUUUUAUUUGUUUGAAGGGGUAUGUUCCAAGUAAUUUUGUAUACGACUUGUAUUUGUAUUUCAUAUGCUUUUAUGUGAAAUUUCCCGAUUGUCCAGCAUGUUCUGCCAUAAUUUCUAGUGUCUAACUUUAUCUUCUAUAUACUUGCCAUAAUUGUAAUGUACUGUAUUGCACAAUGCCAUAUACUGCACACUUAUUUUUUUAGUGUUAUAUUUUGCCUUUUGUUGUACAGACUUGUAGGUGGAUCUCAGCACUUUGCUUUUACACUAUUUUUUUUGUCCUUUUUUUUUUUUUUUUGCAAUAAUCCCUUUGUAAAGCUGGCCAGCGUAUUUUGUUUCGCCUUUUACCUUAGAUUUAACAGUAAUGACUGAUUAAUUCCUUGCAUCUUCUUUUCAACACAUCAGAAAUACAAAGAAAAAAGACUAUGGGGAUAUUGUAUUUCUUUUCCUUUAUGUGUACAAAAUAAUCUCUAAAGCUACUCUGUAUAACAUUAAAUAAUUACACUAAA